AUGCAACUCCUCAAUUACCUCCCCGUCGCUCUCACCACCCUCGGCCUCACAGCCUCCGCCUCACCUCUCCGCCGUGCCGACAGCCCAGCCCUAACCUGGCACGUCUCCAACUUCACCACCGGCUGCUCCCCGGCCGCCUGUACCUACACUUUCAACAUCUACGGCGUCGCCACCGCCAACACCCCCGGGUUUAACGCCACCUGCACUGGUAACUCCAACAACACCGCCCUGACUGCAUGUGGUGGCAACCCCCAGGUCCAGUCGCGCAUCCAGCCCGCUACUUACCCGGAAUGGAACAUUCGGGUCGAGCAUGCUUGGACCCUGCCCGGAGACAUGGAAUUCUAUGCUUAUGGAGAGACCAAUGUCACCUCUCCGACACCGAGGUUCACCAUCCCUGUUACGGAGGAGUAUGGUGUUGCUUAA